AAGAUCUUGGCUAUGCUCGUCAAGGAGGGCCACUUCUCGCACAUCGGAAUCUCGGAGUGCAACGCAGACACCUUACGCAAAGCCCAUGCAGUGCACCCCAUUGCGGCAGUCGAGAUCGAGAUCAGCCCCUUCUCGUACGACCAUAAUCAGAAGAACGUGCUCACCGCUGCUGCCGAGCUCGGUAUUUCCGUUAUUGCCUACUCGCCUCUCGGACGUGGUCUGAUCUCCGGAAAGUAGAAGUCUGCUGCAGAUC